AGCGUGCGUGCGCGGGCCCUGCCUUCCCACUCAGAGCGGCGGUUUUCUCCCCAACAGCGCAGCGCGUGCGGAAAGCCGGAAACCCUAGCCGCCGACGAUGUCGGACCCUUUCAACCCGUACUACCGCGGAGCCUUCGCGGGCGGCUACAGUGCGCCGCCGCCGCCGCCGCGUUACUCGGACUUUGAGGUCGACCUCAUCGCGUCCCGUUACACCGGCACCCCAUCGCCUUAUCCAUCCUCUGCCGACGUCGGCGCCUUCGACUCGUAUGUCGGCGCGAGACGAUCUGCGGAAGUUCUCUAUCACCAAUCUUUUAUGGGAAGUCAUAGUACUGUUGGCCAGAUUGAGGCUUUAUAUUCAUCAAAUACUAUGGCUAAACGCCCUAGGCUUGAAAGCAGCCUUCCUAUAUAUCCACAACGACCGGGGCAAAAGGACUGUGCCUUCUAUAUGAGCACGGGAACCUGUAAGUAUGGAGAUACCUGCAAAUUUGACCAUCCACAAUGGGUUCCAGAGGGUGGGGUUCCAAACUGGAAAGAGGUCCCGAAUGUUGAAGAUUCUUAUCCUGAGCGACCAGGGGAACCAGAUUGUCCUUAUUUAUUGAGUGGUAGAUGUAAGUUUAAAUCUAAAUGCAAGUUCAACCAUCCCAAGAAAAUGGUGAAUGCAUUAGCAACAGGAACAGACAAUGAAUCACUAAUCGCUGAUAGCGCUAUCUUACCAGUGAGGCCUUCUGAACCUGUUUGUUCGUUCUAUGCAAAAACAGGCAAAUGCAAAUUUGGUGCCAUUUGCAAGUUCGAUCAUCCAAAACCAAAAGAUAUUAAGACACCACCUUUGAUUGCAAAGGAAACCAUAUAUACAGCAACAACUGAUGCAGCAGCGAACAUUGGUGCAGCAGAUGAUUCAGUUCCAGCAAAGACACGUGCACCAACUGCCCCAGCCUCACAUAAUGCAAAGGGGCUUCCUAUAAGACCAGGUGAAGUGGAUUGCUCGUUUUAUAUGAAGACAGGCAGCUGCAAAUAUGGUUCUGUUUGUCGCUUCAACCAUCCUGAUCGGCCAGCUGUGGAUAUAGCUUUUGUGGCUCCACUGCUUCCUUGUCCAGCAUCCACUGUCCCUGGAGUGGUGCUGAAUCCGGCUGCAAAUUUCCUGCAAAGCUUUGAUUUUCAUGCAAGUCACGUGCCGGUUGAGCCUGCGCCGAUCUAUCCUCAAAGGCCCGGAGAAAUUGUUUGUGAUUUUUACAUGAAAACAGGAUCUUGCAAGUAUUCUCAGAAAUGCAAGUUUCACCACCCUAUUGACCGGUCGGCACCUCAUUUCAAUGAAAACGGGGACCCUCAGCCGCCUGUUACACUUGGCUUUCCAAGGAGAGAGGACGCUGAGGCCUGUGCCUUCUACAUGAGGUCUGGCACGUGCAGGUUCGGUGUGCACUGCAAGUUCGACCACCCUCCUCGCCAGAAGGCUAUUUCCAAGCUGCAGGCAGCUGGAAAGGAAGGAAUAGAAGGGCUGAGCGUUGCCCUGCACGACCCUGAUGUCUGAUACUGUAAACCUGCAUCUGGAUCUAAUACCAUUCGAAUCGCACUGUUAGUUAAUGCUUGAUGCUGUCAUUGUCUUGUUGGGAGUCUGACUUGUAAAGUUCAGUAUCACCGGAAGUGUUUGUCGGAACAGUGCUGGUACUAACGAUUUAUUUACCUUCGGUCGGUUGCUGCAGAUGACAAUUGACAAUAGUGUGGUAUGUACUGUGUUGCUAUGUCAAGGUGCAUAUUGCAGGUUUCAAGAGUAAAUGCACCGCUGGUUCUCUAACUUUCACUGGAUGCUAACCUGGUCCCAAACUUAAA